GGGCCUGGGCCGCGGCCGCAAUCCGGGCCUCCAGGACUUUCGCUGCCAGCGCUGUCGGUCGGGUGGCCUGGGUCACUCCCCUCUGUCGCCGGUGGCCUGCCUGACAGCCGCGGCCCUAAGCCGAGGGGUAGCGCGGUGACUGAGAUUGGGUCUGCUGUGCGGCAGGAUGCUGGGGUCUGUGCGUGCGGUGUGAGGCGGCGGCGCUGGGCGGCGGGCCGGGCCGGGGCCGCUCAUGGUGCCGCCACGACUCCAUCGAGGGGCAGGAAGGCCAGGUGGGCUGAGCUCUUCACCUCCAUUUAGACAGAUAUCUGCCCGUUUUGCCCGCAUUGCAUUUGAGGAUCUCAGAGAAGCCCUGGCCACAAGACUGCAAAUGGUUUAUGUGUUUAUCAUGAACCGUGUGAAUUCCCAGAGCAGUGGCUUCAGUCAGCGCAGGCGAAUGGCCCUGGGGAUAGUGAUUCUCCUGCUGGUUGAUGUGAUAUGGGUGGCGUCCUCAGAACUCACCUCAUAUGUCUUCACGCAAUACAACAAGCCAUUCUUCAGCACCUUUGCGAAAACAUCCAUGUUUGUUCUCUACCUUUUGGGCUUCAUUAUUUGGAAGCCUUGGAGGCAACAGUGUACAAGAGGAUUUAGAGGAAAGCCUGCUGCUUUUUUUGCAGAUGCUGAAGGUUACUUUGCUGCUUGCACAACAGACUCAAGUAUGAGUAGUUCUUUGAGUGAACCUCUGUAUGUUCCUGUCAAGUUUCAUGAUCUUCCAAGUGAGAAGCUUGAGAGCACAAACAUUGGGACCGAAAAACCUCCCAAGAAGUCCCGUGUAAGGUUUAGCAAUAUCAUGGAGAUUCGACAGCUCCCAUCAAGCCAUGCGUUAGAGGCCAAGCUGUCUCGAAUGUCUUAUCCCACUGUGAAAGACCAAGAAUCCAUACUGAAGACUGUAGGGAAAUUGACUGCAACCCAAGUAGCAAAAAUUAGCUUUUUCUUUUGCUUUGUGUGGUUUUUGGCAAAUUUCUCAUACCAAGAAGCACUUUCAGACACACAGGUUGCCAUAGUGAAUAUUUUGUCUUCAACUUCUGGACUUUUUACUUUAAUCCUUGCAGCUGUAUUUCCGAGUAACAGCGGAGACAGGUUUACCCUCUCUAAACUAUUAGCUGUAAUUUUAAGCAUUGGAGGCGUGGUGCUGGUGAACCUGUCUGGAUCUGAAAAGUCUGCUGGAAGAGACACGAUAGGUUCCAUUUGGUCCCUUGCUGGAGCUAUGUUCUAUGCUGUCUACAUUGUGAUGAUCAAGAGAAAGGUAGACAGAGAAGAUAAAUUGGAUAUUCCAAUGUUUUUUGGGUUCGUAGGUCUGUUUAAUCUGCUGCUCUUGUGGCCGGGCUUCUUUUUACUUCAUUAUACUGGCUUUGAGGACUUCGAGUUUCCCAAUAAAGUGGUACUGCUGUGUAUCAUUAUCAACGGCCUCAUUGGAACAGUUCUGUCCGAGUUUCUGUGGUUAUGGGGCUGCUUUCUUACCUCAUCGUUGAUAGGCACACUUGCACUAAGCCUUACGAUACCUCUCUCCAUCAUAGCGGACAUGUGCAUGCAAAAGGUGCAGUUUUCUUGGUUAUUUUUUGCAGGCGCUAUCCCUGUAUUUUUUUCAUUUUUUAUUGUUACUCUCCUAUGCCAUUAUAAUAAUUGGGAUCCUGUGAUGGUAGGAGUCAGAAGAGUUUUUGCCUUUAUAUGCAGAAAACACCGAAUUCAGAGAGUUCCAGACGACAGUGAACAGUGCGAGAGCCUCAUUUCCAUGCACAGCGUUUCUCAGGAGGAUGGCGCUGCUUAG